UGACCCGGUCCGUUCGGGUUCUGAAGGAGUUCGGUUCUGCUGGAAACAUGUCGGGUUCGGAGCUGAGAGAGCAGUUCCUCUUCAAGCUGCCUUCUUCCGUCCUUUGGGAGUUCUGUCGAGUCAUGGACGGGCUGUCGGACCUGGACUGGACCCGGUUCGCUUCAGAGGUGCUCAAAGACCAGACUGCCGUACGAUUGGCUGAGAGGCAGGAGAGGCGGACCGACUGGGUGAUGAACCAAUGGGGGAGCAGGAACGGUCGUGUUGGACAGCUGAUUGAUCUGCUGGAGUCUCUGCAGCUGUUCAGACCUCGAGAUGUCAUCCUGGACUUGACACAGGGUGUGCAUCUUCCUCCUCCUCCUCCUCC